CGUGUGAAUGAGUUCGUAAAAUCGGAAGCGACGACGAAGAAGAAGAAGAAGAAAGAAGAGGAGAGAGACUCAACCCAGAAAGAGAGAGAGAGCAAAACUCAGAGCUAAAGCUAAAACCUUUAAAGCUCAAGCUCGCUCUCUAUAUAUAAAACAUCCUUAAGACUCUCUCUUCUCUUCUCUCUGCUCAAUUUUCUCUCCCUUAUUUAUUUUUUGUUUUUUGUUUUUAUUUUUGUUUGGUGUCAAAAAACUUGUUGUACCGCAAGACUCUCUCUUCGUAUCUCACAUUUUCUCUCCCCUCUGCCUCGCCAUGUUUUCGUUGAACCGAAGCGCUUUUCUGAAUAACAAGGGCUUAUCAAGCCCUUUGCGUACUACUGAUCAAAGAAGCAGAAGAUUGCCAACAAAAGUGGUGACUUUUAGCGUUUCUAAGAGGGAGAACGGUAGCCUUGUUAUGGAGACCAAUAGCUCACCAACCUUCACAGAUAGAGACAGCUAUGCUGAAGUUGUGGAUUCCAAGACGGACGUGAGCGGCGGCGCUCAGGAUGUCUACGGUGAGGAUACCGCCACUGAAGACCAGCCUGUCACCCCUUGGGCUCUCUCUGUUGCCAGUGGGUAUUCUUUGUUGAGAGAUCCUCAUCACAACAAAGGGCUUGCCUUCACCUUCAAAGAGAGAAAUUCACAUUACUUGCGUGGUCUUCUCCCCCCUACAGUUGUUUCACAAGACCUCCAGGUGAAGAAGAUGAUGCACAAUAUUCGCCAGUACCAAAUUCCCCUGCAAAAGUACAUGGCCAUGAUGGAUCUUCAGGAGAGAAAUCAACGGCUGUUCUACAAGCUUCUCAUUGAAAACGUUGAGGAGUUACUUCCAGUUGUCUACACUCCCACUGUUGGUGAAGCUUGCCAAAAAUAUGGAAGCAUCUAUGGCCGUCCUCAGGGUCUUUUUAUCAGUUUGAAUGAUAAAGGGAAGGUUCUUGAAGUGUUGAGGAAUUGGCCCGAGAAGAAUAUCCAAGUCAUUGUUGUCACUGACGGAGAGCGGAUUUUGGGGCUAGGGGAUCUUGGCUGUCAGGGGAUGGGAAUACCAGUGGGCAAACUUUCUUUAUAUACUGCUCUUGGAGGAGUUCGUCCUUCCGCUUGCUUACCUAUAACCAUUGAUGUCGGGACUAACAAUGAGAAUUUGUUGAACGAUGAGUUCUACAUUGGGCUCAGACAAAAGAGAGCUACUGGACAGGAAUAUGCUGAACUCCUACAUGAAUUCAUGACAGCAGUCAAGCAGAACUAUGGGGAGAAAAUCCUUAUUCAGUUUGAAGACUUUGCAAACCACAAUGCUUUUGAUCUUCUUGAAAAAUAUGGCACAACUCAUCUUGUAUUCAACGACGAUAUUCAGGGGACAGCAUCUGUGGUCCUUUCAGGACUUAUUUCAGCAAUGAAAUUUUCUGGAGGAAGCUUAGCUGACCAAAAGUUCUUGUUCCUUGGUGCGGGGGAGGCUGGCACUGGAAUUGCAGAACUCAUAGCCCUUGAGAUAUCAAAACAGACAAAUAUGCCAGUUGAAGAGGCUCGCAAGAAAGUUUGGCUUGUGGAUUCGAAGGGAUUGAUUGUCAGUUCUCGCCUAGAAUCUCUCCAACAUUUCAAAAAGCCCUGGGCACAUGAACAUGAGCCUGUUAAGGGCCUCGUAGACGUGAUCAAUCAAAUCAAGCCAACAAUUCUGAUUGGAACUUCAGGACAAGGACAGACAUUUACCAAAGAAGUGGUUGAGGCAAUGACGACCUUGAAUGAGAAACCCAUUAUUCUUGCUCUUUCCAAUCCAACUUCACAAUCUGAAUGUACUGCAGAAGAAGCUUACACCUGGAGUCAGGGCCGUGCGAUAUUUGCAAGUGGAAGCCCAUUUGACCCCGUUGAAUACGAUGGCAAGGUUUUCAUGCCUGGCCAGGCAAAUAAUGCAUACAUUUUCCCUGGAUUUGGUCUGGGUCUAAUAAUGUCUGGUGCCAUCCGUGUUCACGAUGACAUGCUUCUGGCAGCUGCUGAAGCCCUGUCUUCGCAAGUAACUCAGGAGCACUUUGACAAGGGACUCAUAUAUCCACCAUUUAGAAACAUCCGAAAGAUUUCAGCACAUAUUGCUGCCAAUGUAGCCGCAAAAGCUUAUGAACUUGGAUUGGCUACUCGUCUCCCUCAACCUAAGGAUCUGGCGAAGUAUGCCGAAAGCUGUAUGUACAGCCCUGCCUAUCGAAACUACCGGUGAAACAAGAAGAAUCUCUUGUAGUACUGCUUAUUUGGAGUUAACAUUACUCGUUAAUUACUAGUUGUCUGUUCUUUUAUUUA